GAAGCCACGUGAUCAGGGGCGCGCAGGCGCAGGAUUGGUCACUCCCCCGGGAGUGAGGGUUGCUGGGCCGGAUGACGUGGCCUAGCAACGUCCCUGCCCGUUCUGCCCCCCGAGAACCGCGCUACCGGAACAGCCCGCGGCCUAGUCCCGCCCGGCGCGCGUGGACCUGCCGGCCGAGCCCGGGCUAGCGGCGGGGACGGCUGGGCCUGCGGGGGCGCGGCGCGCCGCUGACAUGGGGGAGUGACUGCGCCUGCGCCCGCGCUUCCGUAGCGGCGGCGGCGAGACAUGAGGCGAGCCCGCAGCGCGGGCAGCGGCGGCUCCUGAGCCGGCAUGGAGGAGAAGUACGGCGGGGACGCGCGGGCCGGGCCCGGCGGCGGCCUCGGGCCGGUGGAUGUACCCAGCGCCCGAUUAACAAAAUACAUUGUGUUACUGUGUUUAACCAAGUGUUUGAAGGCUGUGGGACUUUUUGAGUCAUAUGAUCUCUUAAAAGCUGUUCACAUUGUUCAGUUUAUUUUUAUAUUAAAACUGGGGACUGCAUUUUUUAUGGUUUUGUUUCAAAAACCGUUUUCUUCUGGGAAAACUAUUACAAAACAUCAGUGGAUCAAAAUAUUUAAACAUGCAGUUGCUGGAUGUAUCAUAUCACUUUUGUGGUUUUUUGGCCUUACUCUUUGUGGACCACUAAGGACUUUGCUGCUGUUUGAACACAGUGAUAUUGUCGUUAUCUCACUGCUCAGUGUUUUGUUCACUAGCUCUGGAGGAGGACCAGCAAAGACAAGGGGGGCUGCGUUUUUCAUUAUUGCUGUGAUCUGCUUACUGCUUUUCGACAAUGAUGAUCUCAUGGCUAAGAUGGCUGAACACCCUGAAGGCCAUCAUGACAGUGCUCUAACUCACAUGCUUUAUACAGCUAUUGCCUUCUUAGGGGUGGCAGAUCACAAGGGUGGAGUGCUCUUGCUAGUGCUGGCUUUAUGUUGUAAAGUUGGUUUUCAUACAGCUUCCAGAAAGCUCUCUGUAGAUGUCGGUGGGUCAAAACGCCUUCAGGCCUUAUCCCAGCUUGUUUCUGUGUUUCUCCUUUGUCCGUGGGUGAUUGUUCUUUCUGUAACAACUGAGAGUAAAGUUGAGUCUUGGUUUUCUCUCAUCAUGCCUUUCACCACAGUUAUCUUUUUUGUCAUGAUCCUGGAUUUCUAUAUGGAUUCUAUUUGUUCAGUCAAAAUGGAAGUUUCCAAGUGUGCCCGCUAUGGGUCCUUUCCCAUUUUUAUUAGUGCGCUUCUUUUUGGAAAUUUCUGGACACAUCCAAUAACAGAUCAACUCCGGGCUGUGAACAGAGCAGCACACCAGCAGGGCACAGAGCAUGUCUUGUCUGGAGGAGUGGUAGUGAGUGCCGUGUUCUUCAUUUUGUCUGCCAACAUCCUAUCAUCUCCCUCUAAGAGAGGACAGAAAGGUACCCUUAUUGGAUAUUCUCCUGAAGGAACACCACUCUAUCACUUCAUGGGGGAUGCUUUCCAGCAUAGCUCUCAGUCCAUCCCUAGGUUUAUUAAGGAAUCGCUAAAACAGAUUCUCGAGGAGAGUGAUUCUCGGCAGAUCUUUUACUUCUUGUGCUUGAAUCUGCUUUUUACCUUUGUGGAGCUGUUCUAUGGUGUAUUAACCAAUAGUCUGGGCCUGAUCUCAGAUGGAUUCCAUAUGCUCUUUGACUGUUCAGCUUUGGUCAUGGGACUCUUUGCUGCCCUGAUGAGUCGAUGGAAAGCAACUCGGAUUUUCUCCUAUGGGUAUGGCCGAAUAGAAAUUCUCUCUGGAUUUAUUAAUGGACUUUUCCUGAUAGUGAUAGCUUUUUUUGUGUUUAUGGAAUCAGUGGCUAGAUUGAUUGAUCCUCCAGAGCUAGACACAAACAUGUUGACACCAGUCUCCAUUGGAGGGCUGAUAGUAAACCUUAUUGGAAUCUGUGCCUUUAGCCACGCCCACAGCCAUGGCCAUGGGACUUCUCAAGGACACUGCCACUCAUCUGAUCAUGGCCAUUCCCACCAUACUCAUGGACACGGUGAUCAUGGUCACAGCCACGGCUUCACAGGAGGAGGCAUGAACGCCAACAUGAGGGGUGUAUUUCUCCAUGUUUUGGCAGACACACUGGGCAGCAUUGGUGUGAUUGUUUCCACAGUUCUUAUAGAGCAGUUUGGAUGGUUUAUUGCCGAUCCCCUGUGUUCUCUUUUUAUUGCUGUGUUAAUAUUUCUCAGUGUUAUCCCACUGAUUAAAGACGCCUGUCAAGUCUUACUUCUGAGACUACCGCCUGAAUAUGAAAAAGAACUACAUAUUGCUUUAGAAAAGAUACAGAAAAUUGAAGGAUUAAUAUCAUACCGAGACCCUCAUUUUUGGCGCCAUUCUGCCAAUAUUAUAGCAGGAACAAUUCAUAUACAGGUGACCUCUGAUGUGCUGGAACAAAGAAUUGUACAGCAGGUUACAGGAAUACUUAAAGAUGCUGGCGUAAACAACUUGACAAUCCAAGUGGAAAAGGAGGCAUACUUUCAGCAUAUGUCUGGCCUGAGUACUGGGUUUCAUGAUGUUCUGGCUAUGACAAAGCAAAUGGAAUCCAUGAAAUACUGCAAAGACGGUACUUAUAUCAUGUGAGACGUACUCACAUGGCAUGAACAGUGCAGGCUGAAUGACAGUUUAUAAUGUCAGAUCAGGAUGAAGAUUGCAGACAAUUGUACAAAACUCAUAGAGCUCCCUACUGUUGGAUAAAAGAGUCUUCUUAAAAGAAAAUUGAAAUGCAGAAUGAGGCAUUAAUUGUACAAGAAAAUUAUUUGUUACUCUAUUUGAAUGAUGUGUAUAGGAAUCUUAAAUAUAAAUGAACAUGAUGUAAUUGUGUCACAUCAUCUUCAGAAAUGGACACAUAAUGAUGGAUUCUGGUGAAGACCAAGAUUUCUCUGUGUAUUUACUUUCUAUCAGAAAGCAUCUCCACUGUAAAUAUGUAUUUACAUGUUUAUUACAAAGACCCAGAUGAAGUUUUUAGUCAAUUUUUUGCAUAUCUGAAGAACAAAAUGGAAUAAAAUUCUAUAUUUAUGAAUUUUCUGUAUAUAAAUCUGGUUUCUAAUUAUAGCUUAAGUCCAUUAAGUAAAAGCUGUAUUUCCACUUGAAAUGUAAAUUAUUCAGGAGAAAUUUCAACCACUGAUUUGAGAUAAACAAUGAGAAUGGAGAGCUAUAGUAUAGUUCUUGGUGUGUUACAAGAUUUAACCACUCUGUUAAAUAAAUUUUUUAUUUUGGUA